AUGUCGGAUGUUUCAUUUUUGCAACCAUUUUGUGGUAAUCUGUCGUCUGAUUUUUGGGAAGGUGGAAAGAUUGGAUUUUGCUUUAGUGAGGCCUUUUUGCACACUCCUGUAGCAAUCAUAUUGUCCAUUAUUUUGGUUGUGCAUGCUAUUCGAAUGAUUCCUUCCCUUGUUUUCGAGUGGCCCCUAGCGAAAAUUAUUGUAAUCCGAAUAUUUCUGGACCUUGCUGUUAUAACAAAGUGCUUGUUGACAAUCUCCUUUUGUUUGUCUCCCUUUUUAAUUUCUAUUACUGUGUCUCCAUUCAUGUUUUCCUCUCACCUUGGAUCAGCCAUGGUUUGCAUUACCUGCCGGACACUUUUUGAUUUUAUUCUUGGUAAAACAAACCUUAUGCAUUCUCGUGGGCCAUCGUUAGUAUUGUUUGCAGAAGUUUUAUACUUUUACACUACUUGUUUGCAGUUAUGGUCCGGUCUAUCUCAAUUGCCAUUCUCAAGCCAUGGUGUCUUUUUAGUCGGUCUUCUUUUUGAUUCGAUUGCGUUCGGCUGCCACUUACUUACUAAAGUCCCAGUAAUAUUUCCUGUUGAAAAUGAAAGGAUUCAAAGGGCUCGAUUAAUUCGUAACGUCAACAAUGCUGUCCCUGACCAAUCAUCAAACAUUCUGGACAUAUCAAACCAAUACCAAUCCCGUUCGGAAUCCUCAGUGGGUUGCCUUGGAAAACUACUUUUCACCUGGAUAAACGAGACUAUUUCGAAAGGCUUCUAUGGAGAACUUUCUUCGACAAAAUUUCUUCCUCCUCUUCCCGCUUCUCUAUGCACCACAACUUUAGAAUUUGCAUUAGAUGCGGAUCUACUGCCAACAACAACCAAUUCAAAAUUCAAAUCGGCGUUCCCUCUUGUCAAGCAGUUGUUUACGAAAUUCGGCAGGGAAAUCACAGUUCUUGGGUGCAUUAAAUUUGUGUUCAGUGUCCUUACAUUGUCAAGCCCAGUUAUUCUAAACAAAUUUAUUGAAGAGCUCACGGAUUUUCAGGCUAACUGGAGAUUAGCCGCUUUGUGGGGCGCCGCCCUGGUUGCCUCUCGUCUAGUAACCAUCUUCCUUGACAUUUCAUACAGCUACUGGACUGCACGCUUUGGUCUCAAAACAAAAAUUUCCAUUACAUGCCUUGUAUACCGACAACUGCUAAGGCAUAAAAUGUCCACGUUAUCUGAAUUUAGCACUGGAAAUCUAGUUAAUUUACUCACGUCUGAUACUGAGCGCAUUGUCAACUUAACUCCUAGCCUCAAUGAAGUGUGGGCUAUGCCUGUUCAGGUGAUUGUGGCUAUUUGGUUACUCUAUUAUCAAGUUGGCUUUUCCUGUUUUGUUGGAGUAGCUUUUUUGGUUGUUCUGUUACCAUUAAAUAAGUUACUCACAAAUUACAUCGGAAAGUAUUCUUCGGCUUUGAUGCACCACAAAGAUCUACGUGUUAAAAAUCACGUGUUCACGAUAUUUGCUGUUAAGAUCUAUUUGAAGUUUCUCUUUUUAGAUUUUGUUUUCACAAGUUUGGCUCUCUUCAAUAUGCUAAUCGGUCCAAUGAACGCCUUUCCGUGGGUCCUUAAUGGUGUUGUCGAGGCUUUGAUAUCUGCUGGAAGAAUAUGUCGUCUUUUCAGAAUAAAUACUGAUGCCCUGGUGAAUUUAACAGCAUCGUCUUUCUACUGGACAUCCAUGACCACUCCGACGCUUACCGACAUAACUUUAACAGUCCCGAAAGGUCAAUUAGUGGGCAUUGUUGGACCUGUGGCAUGCGGAAAAUCGUCUCUUCUACUCGCUCUCAUGGGUGAGCUGCAAACCGUCAAUUUUCAAGAUUCCUCUACUGGUGCUCGUUUUGCUUACGUUGGACUUAAACCAUGGCUCCAGCAGGGCACUAUCCUGUCCAAUAUCCUCUUUGGCAAAUCACUGGAACCAGACUGGCUGUCUGCUGUUGUUGAUGCCUGUGGUUUGACGGAGGAUUUAAGUGAAAUGCCUGCCGGUUUGGACACAGAAGUUGGUGAAGCGGGUAGUUGUCUUUCCGGUGGGCAGAAGGCUCGGGUGGCUCUCGCCAGGGCCAUCUAUCAACGGGCCGACGUCUACCUCUUUGAUGACCCUUUGGCAGCUUUGGACUCUUGCGUGGCCUCUGGCAUUAUAAAAAAGUGCAUUGGUAGACAGGGGCUUUUGGCAGGCAAAACAAGAUUUAUUGAUGAAAAUUUCGGUGGUCCCGCCGACUUAGUCAUUACAUUAUCUGAAGGUCGGAUUGUGAGUCGAUGGACUCCUGGAAAUAAACUGGGUAGUUCGGCGGAUGAACAACAAAAUCAUUCCGUGCCACACUCCAGACAAUAUAGCACUCCUGACUACAUGUCCGAGGAAGACCGCGAGAACGAAAGUGACAGCAAGCCCUUGCUGCCAGCAACACAAGAGGAGACUCGGACGGGGGUCAAACCAAUAAAAGACGAGGAUGCGAGCAAUUUGGAAAGUUUUGCCUUUGGUUCGAUCGCAUCUCGGGUCUACAGAUGGUAUAUUCGCUCCGUAGGUUACUGCCUCGCACUUUGUGUGCUGAUCUCUCUCAUGUUGAUCCGAAAUGGUCUGGAUUAUUGGCUCUCUUACUGGAUGCAGAACGGCAGUCCCUCUCCAUCUAACCUUACUUCUCCUUCGGUGGAAUACAUUGGAGCCCACUCCCUCCCCCUCAUCGGGGCUUUAUACACUCCUCCCGUUGUCGAGACACUUACUGUUGGACCUCCAACUAUAAAUUCAACAAACUUUUACCUCUCCGGUGAAAUGCACUUUUUUGACGUCACACCUCUGGGCCGGAUUCUGAACAGGUUCUCCUCAGACGUGGGUACCAUCGAUGACGGUUUGCCCUUCCUUCUGAACAUCUUUUUGGCUGUUGUGUUUGGUCUGCUGGGUGCCUUGGUCGUCACGUGUUUAGCGAUGCCGGCCAUUCUUGUAAUCUUUCUGCCCCUCUUAUUCGUCUACUGGUCCGUGCAGCGAGUCUACAGGGCCGCCGCUAGAGACCUCAAACGACUCUCGAGCAUCGCCCUGUCGCCGGUGUACGCCCACUUCUCGGAGACGAUCGCGGGUCUGGUGGUGAUCCGCGGUCUUCGCGAAGAGGCCGCUUUUCGUGCAACUUCGUGCAGUCGGCUGAACGACCAAACUCGCUGUGCACUAGCAUCUCUUGCUGCCUCUGCCUGGCUCGAUCUAAGGCUUCAGUUCAUUGCUCUGCUUGUUAUCGUUGGCGUCGUUGUCGUUGCUCUUUUUGGUCAAGCCUUCGGUUGGAUGGAUGUAAGCACUUUGUUAACUAAUGCCUUCAAUAAACAGAAGCGCCGUCAGUUGUCGGGCCGCGAGCAUCUGCGGAGUCUCGAGCCCCCUGUGUGGGCUGGGGUUGACGCGAGCUGGCCCAGGGCGGGUCGUGUUGUGUUCCACGACGUCUGUCUUUCUUACCCGUCGGCCUCGGAGGUUGCAAAGCUAGCAUUAGAUGGCGUCUGCCUUGAGAUAGAGCCGGGCGAAAAGGUCGGCGUUGUUGGUCGCACCGGGUCGGGCAAGUCUUCCCUGCUCAGAGUCCUCUUCCGUCUUGUGCCCCAUCUUGAGGGUCCCGUGACGGUUGACGGCGUGGAUAUACGUCAGUUGCCACUGCAAAUCCUGCGUUCCAGAAUGCUGUGCAUUUCUCAGGAUCCAUUUCUGUUUUCCGGCACGGUUCGUGAAAACCUUGAUCCUGACGGCUCGUACACGGACGAUCAGUUGGUCGAGAUGCUGGUCAAGUGCGGUUUAGCCGCCGAGGCCCGCGAGGCCGCGGAGCUUUUGUCUUGCGAGGUGGGCGAGUCGGGUCGAAGUCUGUCAGCAGGACAGCGGCAAAUCCUCUGUCUGGUCCGGGCCCUCUUUAGCCGCACGGUCGUUUGUCUCGACGAGGCCACGGCGUCUCUCGACGAUGCCUGCGAGGAAAAAAUCCAGAAUGUCCUGGCCUCUGAAUUCGCCAGCUCCACCGUCAUACUGGUUGCGCAUCGCCUUUCUUCGGUACUUCGCGGGUGCACCCGCGUUGUAGUGAUGAGUUUCGGCCGCAUAGUUGAAGUGGGAUCCCCGCGUCAGUUGGCCCAGGACCCGACCUCGCAUUUUUACGGCAUGCUUCGCAGUCGCGACCUGCCCCUCUGA